AGCCCCGCCCCCUUCCCGGUCAUAUGAGCAGCUAGCUGCAUGCUCUGCUCUCCCUGACCACCCUGUACCUAUUCCUGCCCAGCCAUUAAUACUAGUGUGUCCUGCGAUCGUUGAAUAUUGCUCUUCCAGAGGGAGAUGGCAGACAAGGUCAAGCAGCAACAGCACACACGCUCUCUAUCGGGUUACUCUCUUUCCUACAAGCCCAAGACCACGGUGGCCACUCCAGAAGAGUACGUUGCCAAGUGUGGUGGGAAGAGAGUGAUUGAGAAGGUGUUAGUUGCUAAUAAUGGCAUUGGAGCUGUCAAGUUCAUUCGCUCAGUUCGAAGAUGGGCCUACGAAAUGUUUGGCAAUGAGAAAGCCAUCAAGUUUUGUGCCAUGGUUUCCCCAGAGGACCUUAAGGCAAACGCUGAGUUCAUAAAGCUGGCUGACAACUUUAUCCCAGUCCCUGGAGGUUCCAACAAUCACAACUAUGCUAAUGUGGACCUAAUUCUGGAUAUAGCCAAGAGGGUGCCUGUCCAGGCUGUGUGGGCGGGAUGGGGGCAUGCCUCAGAGAACCCAAAGCUACCAGAGCUACUGCACAAGAACAACAUCAUUUUCCUUGGUCCUCCAGCUAAAGCCAUGUGGGCCCUCGGGGACAAGAUAGCGAGCUCCAUAGUGGCCCAGACUGCCUCUGUCCCCACUCUGCCCUGGAGUGGGAGUGGCCUCACUAUUGACUUCACUGAGGAAGAUCUGCAGAAAGGGAAGAUUGCCCACGUUCCUGACUCUGUCUAUAAGAAGGGCUGCAUUCAGGACGCCCAGCAUGGCAUUAAGGUGGCUGAGAAGAUUGGUUUCCCUGUCAUGAUCAAAGCCUCAGAGGGUGGAGGGGGUAAAGGUAUUAGGAAAGCCACUAACAAGAAGGAGUUCCCUUCUCUCUACAACCAGGUUCAAGCAGAGGUACCAGGAUCUCCAGUCUUUGUCAUGAAGCUGGCCAACAAUGCUAGGCAUGUUGAGGUCCAGCUCAUAGCUGAUCAGUAUGGGAAUGCCAUCUCUCUCUUUGGUAGAGACUGUUCAGUGCAAAGACGCCAUCAGAAGAUCAUAGAAGAGGCUCCAGCAGCCAUUACUGACCCUGUAGUGUUUGAACGGAUGGAGAAGUCUGCUGUUAGACUCGCCAAGAUGGUGGGUUAUGUUAGUGCUGGCACUGUGGAGUACUUAUAUCACGAUGGAGGAGAGUUCCAUUUCCUAGAGCUCAACCCAAGACUACAGGUGGAGCACCCCUGCACUGAGAUGGUGGCUGACGUCAAUUUGCCAGCACUGCAAUUACAAGUUGGUAUGGGGAUUCCCCUUCACUGCAUACGAGAUAUCCGCAGACUCUAUAAAGUUGAUCCAUGGGAAACUACACCAAUAGACUUUGACACUCCUGUCAACAAGCCUACACCUCAUGGACAUGUCAUAGCUUGCAGGAUCACUGCUGAGAAUCCUGAUGAGGGAUUUCGUCCCGGCAGUGGCACAGUACAAGAGCUUAACUUCCACAGUAGUAAGAAUGUAUGGGGCUACUUCAGUGUAUCAGCAACUGGUGGUCUCCAUGAGUAUGCUGACUCGCAGUUUGGCCACUGCUUUGCUUGGGGGGAGACGAGGGAAAUAGCACGCAACAACAUGGUUCCAGCUUUGAGGAAGUUGUCUAUAAGAGGAGACUUUAGGACCACUGUUGAGUUUCUGAGUACAUUACUGGAGACACAAGCCUUCCAUCAGAACACAAUAGACACAGGCUGGCUAGACAGACUCAUAGCUGAGAAGGUUAAGUCAGAGAAGCCUGAGCCAAUACUAGGAGUCAUCUGUGCCACUCUGUGCAUUGCAGAGGGUGCCUUUAAGAAGAGGUUUGCAGACUAUCAGAUUCUGUUAGAGAGAGGACAGGUCAUGAAUGCUGAGCUGCUCUCCAAUGUAGUGGAUGUAGAGCUCAUCUACUCUGGAGUUAAAUACACACUCAAGGCAUCACGUGUACAGCCAACCACAUAUGGCCUGGUGAUGAAUGGCAGUCUCCUGGAAGUGGAGGUACAUUGUCUGAGUGAUGGGUCUCUAUUGCUCAGUCUAGAUGGUGCUAGUUACACUACCUACAUGAGAGAAGAAGUAGACAAAUAUCGUGUUGUAGUGAGUGGGCGUACCUGUGAGUUUGACAAGGAGAAUGAUCCGACCAAGCUAAGAGCCACGUCACCUGGUAAGCUACUCCACUACCUGGUGGAGGAUGGAGGAAGUGUGUCUCCUGGAGCAGCCUAUGCUGAAAUAGAGGUCAUGAAAAUGGUUACCACGCUAACAGCCAGUGUGGGAGGAACGAUCCAUCAUGUACGACGGCCUGGGGCUAUCCUACAUCCUGGUACACUAGUCGCAACCCUUGACCUUGAUGACUCAUCACAAAUACAAGCUGCUCAGAGAUCAACAGACACUCUCCCACAACACAAGACAGCGUCAGGUUGUGGGGACAAAGUGCACCAGGUAUACCAAUCCUCCAAGAAGGGACUAUUAUAUCUCAUGGCUGGGUUUGGAGUACAACAAGAGCCCUUCUAUACUGACAAGAUGACUCUACUAGCUAAUGACAUGCUAACAGCUCUCAAGGACCCUACACUGCCUCUAAUGGAGACUAAGGAACUAUUGUCCACCAUCUCCAGUCGCAUACCACACUCUGUGGACAUGGAGAUAGGGAAGUGCUUGACUAGAUACGCUGGGAACCUCACAUCCAUCCUCUCCCAGUUUCCCACCACCAAGAUUGAGAACAUUAUCAAUCGUCAUGCAGCCACACUUCAGAGGAGGGCAGAUCAUGAUCAGUUCUUCAUGAACACUAACCCCAUCAUGCAGCUAGUACAGAAGUAUCGCCAUGGCAUGCGUAGUAGACUCAAGGCCACCAUUGUGGAGCUGCUGAGAGAAUACUAUCGUGUGGAGGAGGCCUUUCAGAACGGCUACGAGAAGGGUGUCCAGAGACUAAGAGUAGAGCAUUCUGAGGACAUGGCUAAAGUGUCAGCAGAUAUAUUUGCUCACUAUUAUAUAGUGGGGCGCAACACACUUGCAGUGCGACUCAUUGGGGCACUCCAGCAACAAGAGACGUACAAUAUGUCAGAAGAUCUGAAGAAAGUUCUAUUAGACCUUGCGUCUCUUAACAACCACAAGAACUCUAAAGUAGCUCUGAGUGCACGACAAGUUCUAAUAGCUGCCCACCAACCUCCCUAUGAGCUGCGCUACAACCAAGUGGAGAGCAUAUUCCUCGAGGCCAUUGAUGGGAACUCCUUCCAAGCAGACUCACUUGAGCAGCUCAUCAAGUCAGACACUGCUAUAUUUGAUAUCCUCCCAUCGUGUUUCUACCAUCGCAACAAGCUAGUGCGUGUGGCUGCACUGGAGGUGUAUGUGAGGCGCUCUUAUACAGCAUAUGAUGUGACCUCAGUGCAACACGAUGAGCUAGAGGGAGGUGUUCCCAUUGUCCAGUGGCAGUUCCUGCUUCCCCUCACUCACCCAAACAGACUGGUGGCCUAUCGGAGAGCUAGUAUGAGCUCUCUACCCGUGGCCAAGGUCUAUUCACUGAGUGAAGAUCUGAUGGGUUUUGCUAAGCAACAGGCACAAGGCAAUGUCAUCGAGUGUCAGCGUACUGGAAUCAUGGCAGCAUUCUCAUCAUUUGAGAACUUUGAAGGGUACUUUGGUGACCUUAUGGACUUGUUUACACCUGAGGACACACCCAAUAGCCCCGCUCCCAUCACUAGCCCGGACCUACUCUCCUCUAUAGAUGAGCACACUAAAGAUGACGUCUUCGAUGGUGGAAUCACGAUGAAGGAAAUUCCGUCCAUUCCACUGGAAAGUGUUAGCAGUAAUUCUAGCACUCCAAGAGGAUCAACCAAUCAGCUUCCUGCUACCAUGGCAACCGACGAGCCAAUCCAUAUCAUUAACAUUGGUCUGUAUUGCAACGAAAACGAAGAAUUGAACGACAUCUUGCUGAGUACCAAGUGCCAUCAGUUUGUGCAGAGUAACAAGGCUCAACUUCACCAGUGUGGUAUUCGGAGGAUAUCGUUUCUCUUCUGCAAAGAAAGAACAUUCCCAAAGUUCUUCACUUUCAGAGCCAGGAGUGAUUUCACUGAGGACACUAUAUAUCGCCAUCUGGAGCCAGCACUGGCAUUUCAACUCGAGAUCAAUCGACUCUCAAACUUUGAUAUCCAGUUCUUGCCUUGUCAGAAUCAUCGUAUGCACUUGUACCUUGGGUCAGCUAAAGUGGCUGCUGGUCUGCCAGUUACUGAUCAUAGGUUCUUCAUACGUACUAUUAUACGCCACUCAGACUUUGUGACCAGGGAAGCCUCUUAUGAGUACAUGUGGAAGGAAGGAGAGCGGAUGUUCCUAGAAUGUCUAGAUCAGCUAGAGGUGGCCAAUGCAGAGGUCAAAGAGAAGAUACGCACUGACUGCAACCAUAUCUUCCUGCACUUUGUACCUCCCGUUAUUCUGGACCCUCGCAAGAUACAAGAGAAGAUGUUAGCCAUUGUGUCCCAUUAUGGAGUGAGGUUAUAUAGGCACAGAGUCACAGAGGCAGAGAUUAAGUGUGCCAUCAGACUGUCUCCAAAUGAUGCUUCCAUUCCCAUCCGUGUGUUCAUCACCAGUGACAACGGUGUGUCUGUUCGUACACACAUGUACAGGGAGGUGGAGAACCCACGCACAAAAGAGCUUGUGUUUGAGAACUACGACCAAUCAGAAUCAGGGUCACUGAAUGGCCAGAAGGUCAAUACCCCGUACCCCAGCAAAGACCACCUUCAACAGAAGAGAUACAUCGCUCAAUCCAUGGGAACCACUUAUGUGUACGACUUCCUGGAGCUUUUCAGACAAGGAGUGAUGAAACAAUGGGAACGCUACAUUGGUCAGGUGCGGAGGUCAAGAGGAGAUAAACUGACUCUACCAAACUAUGACAAAGUGCUCAACAGUACAGAGCUAGUGUUGGAUGAUCAAGGGGUGCUCAGAGAGGUCAAUAGGGUCGCUGGCGAGAAUGAGGUUGCCAUGGUAGCAUGGCGUGUAAGUAUGCUGACUCCGCAGUAUCCAGAAGGCAGGGACAUGAUCAUCAUUGCCAAUGAUAUCACGAAUCAGAUAGGGUCGUUUGGGCCCGAGGAGGACCGAUUGUUCCAACAGGCCUCAGCUCUCAGCCGGGAACAAGGAAUCCCGAGACUCUACAUUGCUGCCAACAGUGGGGCAAGGAUAGGCCUAGCAGAGGAACUCAAGCAGCUCUUCCAAGUGGCAUGGGUGGAUGAACAAGAACCAGACAAAGGCUUUAAAUAUCUCUACCUUUCUCCUACCGACUACAUGAAGGUGAACAGUGGAGGCAGUGUGCUGACGGAGCAUAUUGAAGAGAGUGGGGAGUCUCGUUACAAGAUCACUGACAUCAUAGGAAAGAAGGAUGGGCUAGGUGUAGAGAACUUGAGCGGCUCUGGCAUGAUUGCUGGAGAAACCUCACAAGCCUACAAUGAUGUCUUCACCAUCAACUUGGUGACGUGUCGUGCUAUUGGUAUAGGAGCGUACCUUGUGCGGCUUGGUCAACGUGUGAUACAAGUGGAGAACUCUCACAUCAUUCUAACUGGAGCUGGAGCCCUCAAUAAAGUGUUAGGUCGGGAGGUCUAUUCAUCCAAUGCUCAAUUAGGAGGAAUACAGAUCAUGCACAACAAUGGGGUGACUCAUCGUAUUGCUCCUAGUGAUGUGGAGGGUGUGUUUGGAGUAUUGGAUUGGCUGGCAUUUGUUCCUAUGUGUCGUGGCGGUCCUCUUCCUGUGUUGCCACCUCUUGACCCUGUGGAUAGAUGUAUAGAGUUCCUCCCGACUAAAGCUCCUUAUAACCCCCGCCACCUCAUCACUGGUCACCCACACAGAGGUGGAGUGGAGUGGGUGAAGGGCUUCUUUGAUGAAGGAUCAUUCAUUGAGACGCUUGACAACUGGGCCAUGACAGUUGUGUGUGGGCGGGCUCGUCUAGGGGGAAUUCCCUGUGGUGUCAUCGCCGUGGAAACACGCUCUGUUGAGUGUACCAUUCCCGCUGAUCCAGCCAAUCCGAGCUCAGAGAGUACAGUGUUGAGUCAGGCUGGUCAAGUGUGGUACCCAGACUCCGCCUUCAAGACAGCACAAGCUCUGCAAGACAUGAACAAAGAGGGUCUUCCUGUCAUUAUCUUUGCUAAUUGGAGGGGCUUCUCUGGCGGGAUGAGAGACAUGUACCAGGAGGUGCUCAAGUAUGGUGCCAUGAUAGUGGAUGCUCUCAGAGGUUACACACAACCUGUGUUUGUAUACCUGCCGCCUCAUGGAGAGUUGAGGGGUGGGGCUUGGGUGGUGGUGGACCCUACCAUCAACCCAGCACAGAUGGAGAUGUAUGCAGAUCGUGAGAGCCGUGGUGGAGUGCUUGAGUCAGAGGGUACUGUGGAGAUCAAGUUCAGAAGGAAGGACAUCAUCAAAGCCAUGAGUCGCUUGGACACAGCUUACAAUGAUGUACAGAGUCAACUCAAGUCUCCCACUCUUUCUCCUGAUGAGAGGAAGAGAUUAGAGGCUACAUUGAGUGCCAGAGAGGAGAGUCUAGCCUCUACCUUCCAUCAGGUAGCUGUAGAGUUUGCUAAUCUUCAUGACACACCAGGAAGGAUGCAUAAGAAAGGCUGUGUCUCAGAUGUACUGGACUGGAAAAAUGCACGCAAGUUCUUCUACUGGCGACUGAGACGACGUCUUGGAGAGGAGAAAGCAAUCGGAUUGGUUAUCAAUGCAGACAGGUGUUUGUCUCGUGGUGAAGCCCUAGAGCUGCUCAAGAGAUGGUUUGUGGAGAGCAAGGGAACUGUGAAUGCGUAUCUAUGGCACAACAAUGAAGUGGCUGGUCAGUGGUUGGAGGGACAAACCAUCUCCUCUGGACUAAGUACCGUGACUCAGAACCUGGCUUGUAUUAGGAGGGACGCUGUACAGAGAGAGGUGUUAGGGUUGGUGGCCAACAGUCCUGAUAUUGCCAUGGAGACGGUGGUUCGUAUGGCACAGGGAUUGACGUCAUCUCAACGCAGUCAAGUCAUGCAUCUACUGUCAUCAAUUGAAGGAUCGAACAGGAACUGAUUAAAUGUACAUGUGAACAGAAACACUUUAGAUAUAGUUUUUAUAAACUAAUUUAUACCUGUUUGCGAUACUGUAAUAAUUAUUUACUGACUAA